GCUGAAAACUCCCCAUCACAGAAUCUCUCUGAAGGCCUCUAAAUGAGCACAGAAUUAGAUAUUAUUUACUUCCGCAUUACAUUUAGAGUAGCUGAAACAGCUCUGCUAGAGUGAAGUGAUGUGACCUUUUCUCAUAUAGAGUUCAGCUGUCCUGCAGUGAGCAUCUGUAUAUGAUGGGGAGUUUUCAGCCUUCAAAUUUACAACUUCUAUUUGUUUUAAUAGCAGCUUUAGAUUGCAAUGUGGCGACACAGAGACCCUGCAAGCAGGUCCAUCGGUUGAACAUAAAUUAUGUUCAGGGCGACAAUAUGUCUAUUUCUUGCCUAACCACAACCCACCCGCUUGAGUCUCUGACAGUGAAACUACGCAGAACUGACCCGAUUAAAGACAUCCUAAUGUAUUCAGACACCUCUCCAGCAUCAGAGCAUCAGAGAUGGUCUGUGAGAAAUGAUUCUGGUAAUGUUACACUUUACCUGAAAGACAUCAGUUUAUCUGAUCAAGGCCGUUAUGAAUGUGAAGUCUACAAAGAUUUGGAUUGCCUUAAUGCAACUGUUCUUAACCUGAGGGUCAGAGAGUGUAAAACUUUGGACUCUGUCCAUGCGACUCCAGACUCUUCAGUGUUGCUGCCAUGCUCUGAACAUCCUCUACAAAACAGAACUGAUCAAGCGACUUGGAAAAUCUUUCAUGGUCACCAAUCAACAGAAAUAGCCCAAUACCGCCCUCCAAACAAGCCCUCAAACAGCACAGAGAGAGACACGAGGCCUCUGUAUGAGAGAGCCAGAAUACUAGGGAAUGGAUCUCUGUUUAUAAGGGAUGCAGUAAACACUGAUGGAUCAUGGUAUCAGUGCAGAGUGAGUGAAAAAACCUGCUAUGAGGUGAAGCUGGUGAUGAAAGUGAUCACAGAUGCUCCAACCCCAGCUGACAGUCCUGCAGCAGUAACAAUUAAUCUGAUAGCAGUAGUGAUGAUCACAAUAGUGUCUCUGAGUGUCUUCAUAACACUGAUCGUCGGUGCGACUCUUUAUUUCAAAAAAGGAAGGAUCAAAAUCAACAGCCAAAUUGAAUUGGACUGCUGGUCUUCUGUAUCUUAUUCUGGAGUUUCUGGAGAGUUUGAUGUCCCGUUCAAUUCUUUAGUUCUUUAAAACAACACAUGAAUCAUGACCUCCUGUAAGUUACUGCAACACACGAUGAAUGGUGUAAUUUUGUAAACCACAUCACAAGAUUCACUUUGUAACAUGGCUGCACGUAUAAAUGGAGUAUGCACACAUCUGCAAAUGUGCACACGAUUCAAAGAAUACAUUUACUGUCCUUUUAUUUGACCAAAUUAAUUUUUGAACUUCCAACAGUUGGUGUGAACAAACGGAAGCUUCUGCAUGCAAACCAGAUGAGAUGUAUGAUGAUUUAAAUGAAUCUUAUGUAUCUGCUUAAAACAUAAAAAAAUAAAAAAUAAAUCUUUGAGAAAGUCCUAAUUUAGUAAUUUAGCCAUCUGUCGCAAAUCAUAUUAAAGGUGAAAAUCAGUUAUAUAAAAAAAUGGGGGUUCUACUCAGUGUAAUGUUUUUUUAUUAUGAUUUAAUAUAUGAAUGAUUUAUAAAGAUUUUUAAUCAUACUUUAUCAAUAUUCUUUCUUUUCUUUUUUUUAUCAUACAAAACAGACUGUGACUGAAAUGUGUUUUGUGAGAGACAGUCAUAGCAUGACACAAAUGACACUGAUCAGAUGACUGAGAUCUGAUACAAGGGCUACAAGAAUUAGAAAUUUGAAGACAUUAUUAGACAUUAUAGAUUUUGCUCUCAUCCUUAGCAGCAGCUUUAUUUUCAUUCUUUUUCUUCAGAAUUCUGGACAAGUUGAACAUUAUCAUCAUAUUCAAGUGAAUCCAAAGGCAAUCUUUAAAGGCUGAAUCUUUUUGUGUUUUACAAAGAGUCAAAAUCCACACACAGUGUAUAGUAUCACUGAUUCAUCCCAAUCUGUGGAAAUUAUCACUUAAUAUCAAUGUUGUAAUACUGCUCCUGUAUUAACACAUAGCUGAAAAUAUUUUUUAUGUAUUUUAUCUGUUUUCAUGAAUGGCUUGGCAUUACUAUGAAAAUGCUUUUUCUAUGCAUUUUAAAAAAUAAAACAAUUUGAAUACAA